AUGGCAAAACAUACAGUGAUUGAAAAGAGUUUAGGAGGUUUUGAAAAAGAAUACCCAUCUAUUCUUGAGGGAUUGAUCGAUCCGUUGGAUUACAAACUAAUCCUACACGGAUUCAAUAGUCAUAUCACCUUUUUUAGAUUUAGAAUGAUCAACUUUUUCAUUACAUUCAUCAUCUCAUUGAUACCUCUAGUCAUCUUUUUAGUCGUAAACAAUCAUAUGCAAGCUUUGAUCACAGGAUCAUUAGGAUCUCUCAAUAUUAUAUUCUUUGUUAUUUAUUUAAUCACUGCUAAUCGAAGAAUAAAUAAAGUAUUUAAUAAAAGAGUAUUAAGAUUAAGUGAUAGAUAUGCAAAGGCUGGAAUAUCAUUCUCAUUGGAACCAAAGAGAGAACAUUGUGGAUGCUUUUCAACCUUAAUUUUGAAUAUCUAUGCCUAUGACCUUGAGAUUCAAGUAAACAAAGCAUCUGACAAUAAUAAUAAUUCCUAUUACAAUGAUAAGUCUGUUGGACAUGGUGCCAUUCUUAUCAAUUAA